UUUUUAAAAGCGGAUUAAUCGGAUAGCUAGCUGAAGACCAUGAAAUCCUGAGCAAUCCAUCUUGCAGAGCCUGAGCUCUUUUAUCCUUGCACAGAGCUCAGGCCUCGUGCAGCCGUGCUCCCAUGGCUCUCCGACGACUCCAAGAACGGUGCUCGCCCUUCCAAAUCUCCAGCUCUCACCUCCAAAAUCCCCUCAAUCGCCCAAGAAAUCCUCGCAAGAACCGACUUUUACUGCCCAAUGCGGCCAAGAUUGCCAACUCCUCGGAAAUCCGUGUUCCUCGCACCCCCACCGCCGUGCCCAAGGCCGCAAUCUUGGCGCUAAAGGCGGCGCCUUGGCGGGUCCCCGUCGCCGUCGCGGUCGCGUCCUGGCCGCUCCCUUCCCUCUCUGCGGAGGGCGACGGGAAGGUGAGCCUCGAGUCCAUCGUGGUGGCCAUCGACGACUUCAACAACCGCAAUCCCUUCUUCGUGGCCGGGGUGGUGCUCGUGUGGCUCGUGGUGAUCCCGCUGGUGCAGGACUACUACUUCAAGAAGUACAAGCCCGUUAGCGCCAUCGACGCGUUCCGCAAGCUCCGCGACGUGCCGGAGGCACAGCUGCUGGACAUCAGACGGGGCAAGAGCGUGCGAUUCAUGGCUCCGCCGAACCUGAGGCUCGUCGGCAAGAGCGCCGUGCAGAUCGAUUUCGACGGGGAGGACGAGGAUGGGUUCGUCAGGGAGGUGCUGGCAAGGUUCCCGGACCCGGCGAACACCAUCAUCUGCGUCCUUGACAACUUUGAUGAUAAUUCUUUGAAAGUUGCUGAGCUACUGUUCAAGAAUGGUUUCAAGGAAGCCUACGCAGUUAAAGGAGGCUUGAGAGGCCCCGAAGGGUGGCAGGCGGUUCAAGAAAGUUAUCUUCCCCCGUCUGUACAUGUUUUCCCGAAGAAAAAGAAGGGAGAAAAGUUAGCGCACACAGAUGUGAGCGCUGAUGGAAUAGAUGGUCAGCAGGAGGGGAACGGGGAACCAUUAGCUCCUCCAAACAACUUUGUAGUCAAUACAGGUGAUGGAUCCGAUGGUGUUCAUGAAAAUCCCAAUGGAAGUACGACUGCUGUAAAACAUGCAACUAGGAGACCAUUAUCGCCAUAUCCAAAUUUUCAUGCAUUUGAGUUUAUUUUGCAGUACCCUGACCUGAAACCACCUUCAUCGCCGACACCAUCAAAACCAGAGAGUUAGGAACAAGGCAGGGCAAUUACAUGUGUGAGACUCAAAGCCACAAGCAUUUUUUGAGUACUUCUAACUGUUGAUGUCGAGGCGAUCGAUAGGGAUCACAAUGAAGAAGACCAUUGCUGUUGUUGGAAAAUUUUAUGCUGCUAUUGAGGCCAGGCGAAUGGAGCAUAUGUCCCACAAUUUUCCAAAUCAAGGAAUGAACAUUUGAACUUUCAGUGCA